CUCUGCAAGUCGUCGUCAUCGGAGAACAUACCUCCUAUAUCUCCUCCUCCUACUCCGUCGCUCCUCACCUGAACCGCGAAAAUGGCCAAUGCAGCAUCUGGUAUGGCUGUGCACGAUGAUUGCAAAUUGAAGUUUCUGGAACUCAAGACAAAGAGGACCUACCGAUCGAUUGUGUUCAAGAUUGAGGAGAAGCAAAAGCAAGUUAUUGUUGAAGCAACUGGUGAUCCUGCACAAACCUAUGAGGCUUUCACAGAUAGCCUUCCUACUGAUGAAUGCCGUUAUGCGGUUUUUGAUUUCGAUUUCCUUACACCAGAGGGUGUCCCUAAAAGUCGGAUAUUCUUCAUUGCAUGGUCUCCUGAUACAUCAAGGGUGAGAAACAAGAUGAUCUACGCAAGCUCAAAGGACAGAUUCAAGAGAGAGCUUGAUGGAAUUCAGAUUGAGUUGCAGGCAACUGAUUCAUCUGAGAUUGGCCUUGAUGUCAUUAAGAGCCGUGCCAGCUAAAUAUGAAACAUAGGAUAUCUGGUGGGAAGUUAUUCCUUUCAGCCUUUGUUACUUGAGUGGAAUGUUUAUACAUUGUGGGAUGACGACUUGGCUAAUGAUGACAUCAAUUUCCAAGUUCUGUCAUUGUUUCUUAUUCGUUUUGAACAAGUGUCCCUGGUUUGUCGUAUAUCAUAUGAUAUGUGAUCUUAUAGAACCUAUAUGUUUGAGUGGCUGCUUUGGUAGUUCUAUGUCAACAAACUAAUAUGUAGUUGUUUGUGGGGGUUUAGACGACACCUUACCUCUUUCCGAGUGUUGUAUAUGACCCUUGUCAUUUUUCUUUGAAGCAUUAUAAAGGAUCAUGCUUUUAUGAC